AUGGGGGAAGCAAAAAAUAAAUUUGAAAUAACAAGAAAUAGAUCAUCUACUAGUAUAAAAGAAAACUUACUAUAUUCUUCAGAUAUUCUAAAGACUUCUAGUAACCUUCUGAAAAAUAGUUUAUUUGAAGGAAAUGAUAAAAAAAAUUAUGUUAAUCAUACUUUUAAUAAAGAAAAAAUAAUAAAUAUAUACGAUUUAAUAAAUACAAAUGAUACACUAAAUGAAAAUUGUUCAAUAAAUAAUAAAGAUGUAAUAUAUAAUCAUUCAUCAAAUAAUCAUGUACUAAAUAAGGAAUUUUCAAAUGGUAUGUUUUAUGACAAAAUUAUGAUGAGUAAUAAAACCUGCAACAGUGCUGUAAAUAAUCUUCAAAAUAAUUUUAGGGGAAAUAAUUUAACCAAUGUUGUGAAUUCUAUUAAGUUUGAAGAAAACGCUAAUAUGAAAAUUCCAUCUAUUUUAAAAAACUCUCCUCUUUAUGUUUUAUAUCCUGAAUUAAAUAAUAUAAGAGAAAAAGAAGGAGAAAAUAAAGAGAAAAUAAAUGACAUAGAAAAUUUUAAUAAAAAUGAAUUCUUAGGAGAAGUAAAUGAUAAAAAAAAGUUGUCUAAUUAUUUGAGAGAUGAUUUAAUUAAUAAUACAUUAAUGAGAAAUAAAAUGUAUGAUUAUUUUGAGCUAGAAAAAAAAAAUCUUAUUCAAAUUGAAGGACCCAAUGAAUUAAGUCAUAAACUGUUAAUCUCAAAACCAAAUGAAGCAUCUAAUGUUAUUUUAAAUUGCUACAAAAAUAGAUAUGUUACAAAUAAUAAUAAUCAUAUUAAUAAUGAAUUAAAUACUCUAAAUUUUUUAAAAAAACAAAAAAUGCCUAUUGUUGAAAAAAGUGAAAGAGAUAGUUCUAUUAUGCAUUCAACUACUCCAAGAAAAAAAAAUCUUCUAAAUAAAGAAGUAAAUGAGGAAGAAAAAAUUUCAACAAAAAAAGAAAAAGAACUCUUGAUUUCUCUCAUAGAUACUUCCAAUAACACAGCCACCGUAAAAACAUAUGACUUCAAAAACAAUAAAGAAGUUAAAGAUAAUAAAAAUAUAUUCCAAAUAAAAAAAAAACCCUUAAAGGAUGUUGAAGUGCAAACUAACGAAGAAGAAUUAAAAAAAUCAACAAUUAAUGUUAUUGACUCAGAUGUAGAAAAUGUUUACAAUAUUUUAUAUAAAAAAAAAAGUGAUAUACAAAGUAAUAAAGCAAAAAACAUUCAUACAUCUGAAAAAGAUAAUAAUAAUAAUAACGAAUUUAAAAAUGAUAAUAAUGAAAAAAUAAAACAAGAAUUAUUAAAUGACGAAAAGGAAAAAAGUGGGAAUUUGAAAUAUAAAAUUUCUUAUAAUAUGACAAAACAGUCAGAUAAAAGUGAUGUUAGUAUUGAUGAUAACUGCAGUGAUAGUGAUGAUGAUAGUGAUAGUGGGAGAAACAGUAAUGAUAGUUACUCCAAUGAUUUGAAAAAAAAUAAUGCAUAUAAAAGUGAGGAGGAUGAUGAUGAUAAAAAAAAUAAAAAAAAAUUGGAUAUAAAAGAGCAUAUAGCACAUUACAGUGAGUGCAUGAAUUUUGGUGUACCAUAUAAUUUUGUAAAUAUGAUUAAUAACAAAAGUUCAACUUUUCAUAAAACUCCUUUCAUUGAGAAUGUUGUCUCAAAUGAUUUAAAAGUAGGAAAUAUGCUAAAUAUGAAUAUUCUAAAUAUAGAUAAAAAUAAGAAAAAUUGGAAUAGCAAGGAAAUUCUUAAGAAAAAUUGUUUUCUUAAAAAAUUAAUUCCCUCAACAUCGAAUCAUUCAGAAAUUACAUGCAUACCACAUUACAUCCCUAUGAUACAAAAUAAUAUGAAUGUUCAUCCUCCUGAAAAUCAUAUAGAUUUAUAUCAUAACAAUUUAAAAUAUGCAUAUAAGAAUUUCAUUUUUCCCAUGAAUAAUCAAUUAAAAAAUACAUCAUUAAAUAAAAGAUUCUUACCUCUUUUGAUAAAUAAAAACUUCCCUUCCCUUUUAAAAAGUAGAAGAGAAUCAAGAAAUAAAAAAAAAUUAUACAAACUUGAUAAAAAUUUUCAAAAAAUAAAAGAAAGCGAAGAAAGCACAAUAAGUGAAGAAAGCAAAAGCGAAGAUGAAUAUGAAAAAUCUAAAAUUAUAAACAAUCUUUUAUUAAAAAAAUUAUAUAUAAGCAAAGAAAAAGAGUUAAAUGAAAAAAAAAAAUUUCAGGACACCUUUUGGAGCUUUUUACAAAAUAACGACAUGUUAAAAGAAAGAACAAGAGGAAAAUUUAAUAGUUUGAGAAACAUUUGUUAUAAUGAUACAGAAAAAGAAAAUGUUUUAUUCUUAAACAAAUAUAGAUACUACAAAGGUAAUUACAAUAAAAAUAUAAAUAAUAUGAAAAAUUAUUUUUUAGAUAAUAAUCAAAAAUUAUACACAAAAGGUUUUAGUAAUAUAAACUAUUAUUCUCCUAUUGCUCAGUCAAAUCAAAUAAAAAAUAAAUUGGAUCCUAAAAAAAGAAAAUAUAGUCAACCAACAUACAAUGAAAAUUUUAGAAAUCAGGAAAAGGAUGCACAACGAUUUGUUAAUUUUAAUGAAAAUCUUAAUCUUUCUUCUUUUAAAGAAGAAAAAAAUGAUUAUUUAAAAGAAAAAAAAAAAAAAGAAUUUGAAAAUAAAAAAGCAUUAUCAAAAAUUCAUUUAAAUGAAAAUUUUGUUAUAUUAGGAAAUUUAAAGAGUAGUAAUAAGAAUAUUUUAAAUAAAAAAAAAAAUAUAAGUUUUAAUAGUCAUACAUCACAUCCAAUUAACAAGGAAAUUUACAAUAGUUCAUUAAGUAAUAAUAGUGAAAAAAGGUUAAGAUCAUUUUCUUAUAAAAAUAGACUACAAAAAUUGAACAUGCUAUCAAAAAGUAUUGCUCCUUAUAAAGCAGUUAUUAAAAAGAAUGAAAACAUACUGAAAGAAAAAAAUAAAGAAAAAUAUUUUAAUAUUAAUAAAAAUGAUUUAAAAACAGAAGUAGAAAAUGUUGAUAAUGAAAAAAGAGAAAAUUGGGAGUUAAAUGAACAAAAAGAUAGUGAAAAAGGGAAUUAUCAAAAAAAGCUAAAUGAUAUAAAAAUUUCAUACAAUAUGAAAAAUACUUUAAAAAAUAAUUAUAAUUCAGGGGAGAAAUAUCAUAUAACAGAUAAAAUGAUCUCAGAGAAAGGAGCUGAUUGCAUAUCUAACAAACUUUCUAAUUUUUAUAAUAUUUCACAUAAAGAUAUAGUAGAAACAGAAAAUUUUAAUUUAAGAACGUAUGGGAAUAAUCUAAUAGAUACAGUUAAGUUAAAUAAUUUGAAUGAUAAUUUUUCUUAUAAAGCAGUAAUGUCCAAAGAUGAAGACUGUACUAUUGAGGGAGGAAAUGAAAAAAAAGAAAAAAACUUAAAAAGCCAAAUUCUUAACAAUAAUGAAACAUUAAAUGAUCAUUUAAUGACAUAUGAAAAAAAAUAUAUAUAUAACAAAACAGAUAACUUACUUAGAAUAAAAGUUAAUUUAAAAGGAACUAAUGAAAAAACAAUAAUUCCAAGCUUCAAUAAGGAUGAAAAUAAAAAAAUUGAUAAUUUUGAUCAUUUUACUUUUCAAGAUUUAAAUAAAAAUCACGAGAACCUUGGAAAAAAUGAGAAAUCUGCGGGAGAAGCAAUAAGUAACCAAAAAAGCAUAAGCAUAUUAGAUGAAACAAAAGGAAAUUUUAGUAAUACAGAAAUGAAUGAAAUUAAAACAUCAGAAAAUAAAAUAAAUGAUAUAAUUCGUAAAAGUAAAGAUAAAAAAAUAAAUGAACAAUUUUAUUAUAUGAAAAUGUAUAAUAAAAUAUAUGGAUUUCUAAAUAUUAAAAGAAUUAGGUUUUUUUUUUUUUUUUUUUAUAUAUCUAAGCUUAAAAAUAUUAUAUAUUUUAAUUUAUGA